AUGGCUGAUAAAGAGGCCAUUGUCUUUAUUGUCGACCUUGGGUCGACCAUGGCUGACUGUAAUAGUGGCCGGACCGAAUCGGAUCUCGACUGGAGUAUGCGGUUCGUUUGGGACAAGAUUUCACACAUAGUCUCCCUGAGCCGAAAGGGCCUGUGUGUUGGCGUUGUCGGCUUGCGGACAGAGGAAACCAACAAUUCAAUGAGAGAUGAUGAGGGUUACGAGCACAUCGCGGUCCUGCAAGGGCUCGGUCCGAUGAGUAUGGGCCAUUUGAGAGAUCUUCAGAAGAAGAUCAAGAACAGCAAUGAGGCCAUGGGCGAUGCUCUCUCCGCCGUGGCGAUAGCGACAUUCAUGAUUACCGAGUUCACUAAGAAGUUGAAGUACAACCGCCAGAUUUACCUCAUUACAGAUGGCCUUGGUCCGAUUGACAUGGACGAUAAUGAUCUGCGAGACAUCUCUGCGGAAAUUAAUGACAAUGGUAUUAGUUUGACUGUUCUUGGAGUCGACUUCGAUGAUGCGGACUAUGGUGUUAAGCAAGAGGAUAAACCCAAGGCCAAGGCGCGAAAUGAGAAGCUCCUUCGCCGUUUCGUUGAAAUGUGUGACAAAGGCAAUUUUGGCACCAUGGCGGAGGCCAUUGAUGAACUCGACAUUCCAGUUGUCAAGGUGCCCCGGCCUUAUAAGUCGUACGAAGGCACACUAUCUCUGGGAGAUCCCGAGAGCGGACAGGCCGCGGCAGUAAUCAGCGUAGAAAGGUAUUUCAAGACGCAUGUCGCCACGGCGAUGCCUGCCAGCACAGUAGUGUUUAAGACGGAGGCCGCCGAACCCGAGUCGAUGGAGGGUAUGGAGUUUGGCGCCGUCAAGCAGGCCCGUACUUACAAAGUUAACGACCCGAGUGCCCCUGGAGGUAAGAAAGACGUUGAAUUUGAAUCUCUUGCGAAGGGUUACGAAUAUGGGAGGACUGCCGUCCAUAUCAGCGAGUCGGAGCACAACAUCACCAAGUUGGAAACAGAAAAGGACUUUAGCAUCGUUGGUUUCCUUGAACAGGAUAAGUACGCGCCCAUGUUGAAUCUGGGUGACUGCAACGUGACCUAUGCUCGAAAGUUCGACACCGAGGCCCAAGUAGCCUUAUCUUCACUUGUCCAGGCGAUGCAUAAGGCUCAAGCAUACGCGGUGGCUCGUCUCGUUGCUAAGGACGGCAAGGAACCUCUAUUGGUACUCUUGGCUCCGGAUAUUGAGAACAACUGUCUCUAUGACGUACCUUUGCCUUUCGCCGAAGAUGUGCGCGGUUACCAGUUCCCUCCUCUCGAUCGUGUCGUAACCGUCAGCGGUGCAACGCUUACGGAGCACCGUUUCCUUCCUGGGAAGGAGCUCGAGCAAGCGAUGAGCGACUAUGUUGAUGCUAUGGACCUCUCUACGUAUGCCGAGGAUGAGGACAAUAACCCCGUCGAAUAUAUGGCUAUUGACGAGCCUUUUAACCCGUUGAUCCACCGGAUCAAGCACGCUGUUAAGGAGCGAGCGAUCUACCCAGAUGGUCCCGUGCCACCGAUCCCGAAGAUCCUUACAAAGUUUUCCGUGCCGCCUGAGGACGUUGUUGAGUCUGCUCAGCCACAAAUAAAUGCCCUUAUCGAGGCUGCCGAGGUUAAGAAGGUUCCUCCCAAGGCCAAGGGCAGACGCCAGAGGGAAGUGGUCAAACCCCUCUCUGGCCUCGACAUCGAUGCUCUGCUCGGACCUGCGGAGGGAAAAGAUUCAGGAGAGAGGAAACCCAUCUCUGCGUCCAACGCCAUCCCAGAGUUUCGUAGGGUCCUCGACUCGGCCGACCAAAUGCGCCAAAUCGAAGACGCCGCAAAGCAAAUGGGUGGCAUCAUCCGCGACCUCAUCUCCUCCGACUUUGGCGGUAGCAAAGAUGACCGCGUACUUGAACAUCUCGGUGCCAUGCGGGAAGGACUGACCAACCUGGAGGAGCCAGAUUUGUAUAACACUUUCGUCAAGGAUCUGAAGAAGCAGAUGCUCUCCGGUGCGCUGGAGGGAGAUAGAAGGGAAAUGUGGUGGAAGAUUCGAAAGGCCAAGUUGGGCCUGAUAGAUAACAAGAUGUUGGACGUGUCGGAGGUUACCGAGGAGGAAGCGAAAGAGUUCUACACGUCAAGAUAG